AUGACGGGCGGGGUAGAAAAGCGGCGCAAACCGGCCAACAGAACCGCUGGGCCUGUGAGCAAAUCCACCGCAUCUCGCACAAAAGCGAAGGCUCCUCCCGUCGUCGACAAGGCCGCGACUCACCCUCCAAAGAAGAAGGCUGCCGUGAAGAAGCCCAAGACAGACGGCAAACACCUUCAGUCAUCGACGAAGACGUUUGGCGCCCUGAAUCAGGCCCCGACCGAAAUUUGCACGGUGCUCAUCUUCGGAAAUGGCGACAAUGGAGAGCUUGGUCUUGGUCCCAACAAGACAGAGUCUCUACGUCCUCGCGAAAACCCCUUUCUAAACCCAGUCGACUCCUCCAAGUUUCAUGUUGUUCAAAUCGCCUGUGGCGGCAUGCAUACGGUCGCUUUGACGGCCGACAACAAGAUCAUCACUUGGGGGGUCAAUGAUAAUUGUGCAUUGGGCAGAGACACGACCUGGGAUGAAAAGCUGCGCGACAUGGACGCGGAAUCUGGUGAAGAGGAGGAGGGAGGAUUGAACCCCCUCGAGUCGACGCCUACGCAGGUUGCGUCCCGACAUCUCCCGGCAGACACAGUUUUUGUGCAAGUUGCUGCCGGCGAUAGCUGCAGCUUUGCUCUCACGGAGACCGGGCUUGUCUACGGAUGGGGCACGUUUCGGGACUCCAAAGGCGAUGAACGCUUCGGCUACGAAGCGGAUGGAAAAAUGAUCACGAAGCAAGACAAGCCCGCGCUCAUUCGAGGCGUGCAGAACAUAACACAGCUCGCAUGCGGUGUUGACCACGUUCUGGCACUCGACGCCAGUGGCAACAUUUGGGGCUGGGGAAACAACGAGCAGAACCAGUUGGGACGUCGCCUUUUCGGCCGCGACCAGGACAGCCUCAUCCCUCACCAGAUCCGCGUGUGCCGCAACAAUGCGAAAUACAUUGCCUCCGGUGAAUACCACUCCUUCGCCAUCGACAAGAAGGAUAACGUCUGGAGCUGGGGCCUCAACAGCUUCGGCGAAGCGGGGGACCCCGACACAGCAGGCACCAACUCGGCCGUCCUACCGUAUCCGAUGAAGAUUCGGACACUCGCUGGAAAGGGAAUCACCUGCAUCGAUGGCGGCGCUCACCAUUCCGCUGCGGUUACGCCGAGCGGCGAGUGCUUCGUGUGGGGCCGGAUGGACGGUGGUCAGCUCGGCUUCACAUUCACGCCUGAACAGCUGCAGGACGCGGCCCAGGUGCGUUUCGAUGAACGGAACAAGCCGGCCAUCUGCCUUCGGCCUGCAGCAGUACCGCAUGUGGGAUUGGUAUCGCAUGUUGCCUGUGGAACAGACCACACAAUAUUCAUCACAAGGGAUGGGGAUGCCUACGCCACGGGGUUUGGUUCACAAGGCCAGCUCGGCCUGAACUCCGAGGAGGAUGUCGAGGUCGCACAACGUGUCAAGGGACGGGAUGCGGACGAGGCGGUGUUGACAUGGGCUGGUGCUGGUGGACAGUUCUCUAUUGUCAGUGCACCUGCCACAUUGGGCUGA